AUGUCUAGAUUUAUAAACUCAAUCAGUUGGGUUCUCAUUCUAGCGAUACUCAUUUACAUAAUUCUAAAUCCAAAAGAAUUAGUUGAUGGAAGGACGAUUUCUGAUGUCGUAAACCAUGCAAUAAUCAAAACUAUUAAGGUUGACAAAGAUGAGAUCAUCGAUUGUUAUGAUAUCUACAAGCAACCUUCUCUUAACUAUCCUUUACUUCAUAAUCAUACAAUACAGAUAAGGCCAAGUAUGUACCCGAAAAAUAUAAAGUCAGAUAAUUUCGGAACACUUCAACUUACACAAACUUGGCAUAAGUAUGAUAUAUGUCCGCGUGAGACUAUUCCUAUACGAAGGAAUAUGGAAAAACAUUAUCGUUCAACACUUUUGCGUAAACGUGGUCAUCCAAAAUAUGCUCAUAAUAAGACGGAAAAUAAAUUGCAACCAAAUGUAAAUAUGGAUGGGCAUGAGUACGCGAUAAUCAAGGUGCACGGCAGUUUUCUAGGAGCACAAGCAAAAAUGAAUCUUUGGAAUCCAGUUGUGGAAACACGAUAUGAUAUGAGCAUAUCUCAAAUCUGGGUUGUAGCUGGUGAUAAUGAUGACCUCAAUACUAUUGAAGCUGGAUGGGAAGUAUACCAACCCAGUAAUGGUGAUUACCAGACCCGUUUUUUCAUAAGUUGGACUACCGAUGACUACAAAAACGAUUGCACCAACCUCGAAUGUCCUGGUUUUGUGCACAUAUCCUCGGAUAUCGCCCUUGGUUGCAAUUUUACGGAAAUGUCAACUUUCAAUGGCGACCAAAAAGAUGCCACCUUCGGCGUACACAAGGACCAAAAUAGUGGAAAUUGGUGGAUUAGUGUACAAGGUAUUCCUGUGGGAUAUUAUCCAAGUUCUCUAUUCACCCAAUUAUCAAAGAAGGCAGUAGAAAUAGAUUUCGGUGGAGAAAUCUAUAGUGAGAGAUCUAGAGGACGACAUACUUCAACUCAAAUGGGUAGCGGUCAUUUUCCUUCAGAAGGAGGUUUUGGAAUAUCUAGCUUUUUCAAUCAUGUCCAAGUAAUUAAUGAAAAUAAUGAAGCCAAAGACCCUGAAAAUGUUGACAUAUACGUAUCGGAUCCGAAUUGCUAUGAUUUGAAAAUUGACGAUAAACGUACGAAUGGUUAUGGUUUUUACUAUGGAGGUCCUGGUUAUAAUGAUAAUUGUCAAUAAUAAAGACAUGAUGCAUGUCGCAUGCCCAAGAGAUUAACAGUAUUUAGUAGUUAUAAAUCCUAAACAAAUUGUAACAAUGGCCAGUAUUAGUCCAACGGUUUUACCUAAUCCUAUCCCCACUUUCCCUAAAUUCCAUUCAGACUACAUAAAUCAAU